CACCCUUACAGGUCUAUGAGAAGCAGGUCUUUGUGUCCUUUGUCACUGGAUCUAUGGGUUGCGCUGGAAACGCUAUCAGGUUCCCAAGACGACAGCUCUGGGUGGGAGUGCGCAUGGUUCCUCGUCUUGUGCAGUUCUUUCCUUCUACUUCUCUUUUGGGCCUACUUCUGGUUGGUGGCUCAAAAUGAUUUCAACGACUUCAACUGGCUGGUGUACAACCGCUCUGGAGAAUGGAGGGAUGAGACGAUCCCCAUCAUCACAUGCACCACCGUGGGCUUCAGCUACAUCACAUUCUUAUUGAUUUUAGCACUUUUCCAUGUUUCGCUGGGCCAGCAGCUGAAUCUGUACUGGGUUCACAAGAUCGGAGUGUUGGCUACGCUGCUCACCACCAUCUCUGGUGUCGUCUCUGUUGAUGACAUCUGGAGAGAUGAAUGGGACAUCCUGCUUGUUUCACUGCAGUCCACAGCACCAUUCCUGCAUAUUGGAGCCCUGGCAACAGUCACAGCUAUGAGCUGGUUGGUAGCUGGAUAUGUUGUCCGCAAAGAGAGAUCCAAUAUCCAGAUGAUGGUGUUGCUGAUCUACAUUGUAAUCCUUGUGGCUGUCUGUUUGGCUCCGCUCACGUUCACCUGCCCUUGCAUCAUGGAUCGUCAUAGCCUCAAACAGCGACCAGACAUCGUUGGCCGACGGGGAGCUCCUAUGCUGGCUCCAGAGAACACCAUGGUGUCCUUUAACAGAGCCCUGCAGCAUGGAGCCAGCUCCCUGGAGGCUGAUGUCACCAUCAGUGUGGAUGGGGUUCCCUUCCUCAUGAGAGACCACACUUUGAGGCGGACCACAGAUGUCAGAAAGGUCUUUCCAGCCAGACAGUAUGAAGAUGCUUCCUUCUUCAACUGGACAGAGAUACGCUCCCUAAACGCAGGCCAGUGGUUUUUGGAGACUGACCCCUACUGGACAGUAAAAACCCUGACAGGGAAGGAGCGCAGCCGAAUAGGCAACCAGACGGUCUGCAGUCUGGUGGAGAUGCUUCGUCUGGCAUCCAGGGCCAACAGCUCUGCACUGCUCAACAUCCGCAAGCCUCCACCGGAGCACCCACGCUACCGAAGCUGGUUCAUGGACACGCUGUGGGCUGUGCAGAAAGCAGGGAUUUCCCAGAAGAGGGUGAGGACUGUGACGUGGACCCCCGACACGGACCGGGGGAGGGUGCGAGGGCUGAAACAGACCGCGAGUGAGAAGCUGUCAGUGGAAGAGAUAAGACAGAGAGGAAUUACAAGCCUGACGCUGCACUACAGCAAGGCCAGCCACAAAGACAUACAGGAGUAUCUGGCCAAUAAUGUGAGUGUGACUGUCUACCCAGUGAAUGAGCCCUGGCUCUACUCCAUUCUGUGGUGUAGCGGGGUGCCUUCUGUGUCCUCUGAUGCCCCCCAAGUCCUCCGAAAGGUGCCUUACCCCAUCUGGCUCAUGAGCCGGAACGCUUACAACUUCAUCUGGAUCACUUCAGAUCUAGUCUCCCUUGCCAUAGUCAUAGGGAUUUUCUGCUUCCAGAACUAUCAUAUGAUCAGAUGGAGGAUAAGUGGGAUGCAGAACUAUAACCCAGAACAGAUCAUGCUGAGUGCAGUGACGCGACGAUCCAGUCGGGAAGUCAACAUUAUGAAGGAGAAGCUCAUAUUCUCAGAACUGAACAAUGGGCUCAGCAGUACAGACGAGCUUUCUCUGUAUCCAGACAAUGGUUACGCGAGAUACUCUCAUGGAGGCCUCAGUCGCUGAACAAAUCCGCACAACCACAGCUGCAGAAUCCUAGAAGUUGGUGUGACCUCAGAGCUCAGACCCAGAUUUAACACUAUUUUAUUGCCCGAAAAAAACACAGCAGGACACUGAUCUGUUGGUCAACUUAGUAAAGCUGAGUGUCUGACAGUUGAAAUUUCUACUGUAUGGCCUAUUGCUUUAUCUGUUUUUUUUUUUUAAAUGAAAUGCUUAAACAUAUUUGUCCACUUUCUUUCAUCAUGCAACACUUCAAAGACAGUGUUUUUAAUUUCAUGUAUUUCCCAUGAUUUUGUGUGGUCACAUUUCUCUAACGUAGUUCACUAUGUACACUGCUGUAAGAAAUCAUUGUUCUUGCUUGUCGCAAAGUAGUAGAAGCAGAGUAGCCUAGCUUAGCUAGACUGUAUUCCCGUUAUAAGGGAUAUACGGGAAUACGGUCUAGCCCUCCUCCACUGACACAUUUUGACAGGUCUUCAAGCUCCGAGCAGAUCAGACCGAACCAAUCAGAGCACCAGAGGCGGGAGUUAACGAUGCGUCAUCUUCAGGGCCGAGUUGGCGACCGCAACAGAGCGAGGUUUCUCUCGUGCACUUUCCUCUGUUUUGCACGGGCUGAAUUUGUCCUUAAAACUUCAACAAGAAGCAGCUCUUAAAGCUUUUCUUUUUAAAAAGGAUGUAUUUUUAAUUCCGGCAGGCUGUACGAUAGAAUGCGUAAUGCUGCCCUCCACUGUUGAAAGGGAGAGCUUAGAUUUUCCUCAGGACCCCUGUACGGCGAAGGAAGCUGUUAAAACUACAAAACAUCAUGGCGGAAAGGCAAUUGUUUGGUCGCUUAGUGAUUGCGUCACACAUGUGUUACGCUGAUUGGCUCUCUCCAAUUCAAGCUGUGAUCGGUAGUCCCGCCUCUGGGCUAGAUUUGGUUCAAUGGAGCAGUUCCAGACUGACUUUAUGUGUAUUUGUAAUACACAAUAUAAAGGCUGUCUGGUUCCCAGGCAAGAAGCAGAGUAGAACUUAAAACAUGUGGCUGUAUGUGCCUGUGGUGUCAUCGCUUCAGGGGUCAGCUGAUACUGAGAACCGCAUGAAACAGUUGUCUCUGUGACAUUCUUGCUUUUAACGUUACUAUUACAAGAUCAUGUGUGUGGUUACUGGGCCAAAGCAAGUUUUAUUUGAGCUAAUAAAGCCGUACCGUUGCGUUUGUCCACAUCACUUACUUCACUGUUGUUUUAUAACAGAGGAAACGGGCUGUGGAGAGCCCUUUAUUAUAAAUUGAUGUAAAUAUGAGUUAUUUUCCAUGGUUGUGUUUUUCCCCUCUGAGAGGAUUUUCAGCGGUUUUGACAUAUGACUUGUGUAUUUUAUGUUUGCAUUUAUUGUCGUUAUGUCCUCUUUAAAGUGUGACAGAUUAGGGCACAAAUGAAAACCUUUCUUGCAGUAUAAUGAGGUGUUUUGGAGGUUUGUGAGCAUAUUGCUGUGAGUGUUCUCAUCUUUUUUCUGCCUCUCUUCUGUCAUGCCAUGAUUGUUUUACUUGAUAGUCAUUUUAGCUAUUGAAACGUUCACAUGGCUGCCUUUUCAUAAAAUCGAUGAAGUUGUAGAAUGUUGUAAAAUAUGUUGUCUUUUAGUUACUAAUAGUUCUAAUAAUUUCAUGUUACAACUACACUUUUAGCUUCAGAUAUGUUAGCUGUUCAAUAAACAUGAUCUUUUCUUCUUGGAAAA